GCCUUAAGUGAUGUACUAGUUGGACGCUGUGCUCUGUGCAGGUGUCAACAUCAAACACACACCGCUUACAUCUGCGACAGGCCGCCAGACCUGGUUUACUUUAGCUAAAGGCAAAAAAAAAGAAGAACGUACAAUGCUCAGACGAAUUUUACAAAUGACUCCUGGAAAGGGAGGCUCCCAGGCACCUGAAUCUGAGCAGCCGUCUGCUGACUUAAAUAAUGAGACUUCAGAGGGCUUCAUUUGUCCACAGUGUAUGAAGUCUCAUAACUCUGCUGAGGAGCUUUUCAAGCAUUAUGAAGUUUACCAUGAGCCCCAGGAACAGCCAUCUCAUCUCAGCUCUGGGAGGGAGGACUUAUCUCUUUUGCGACAAGAAGUGCAGGAUUUACAAGCGUCACUGAAGGAAGAACGAUGGUUUUCAGGAGAACUGAAAAAAGAACUAGACAAAGUGCAAGGACAACUGAAGCAAGGACCUCAGACUGAUGGCCAGGUAGGCAUAGAGGACUCAGAACUGGAGAUGAAACUCCAUGAAGCUGAGACCGAAAAGUUCAACAUCAAACAGAUGAAAGACCUGUUUGAACAGAAAGCAGCCCAGCUGGCCACUGAGAUUGUAGAUAUCAAGUCACGCUAUGAUGAGGAGAAGAGCCUGAGAGAGGUGGCUGAGCACAAAGUGAGCAGCCUGCAGCAGGACCUGCAGAGAGAGAGACAGGAAAAAGACAAACUGCAGACAGAACUGCUGCAGAGGCCGGGAGUGGAGGAUGUGGAGGUGUUGAAGAGGGAGCUGGUGCAAGUACAGACGCUGAUGGACAACAUGACUCGUGAAAGGGAGGAGGAAUCUGCACGGAUCAAAAAUGAGUAUGAACAGCUGCAGAGGAAUUUCACUACCUCAGAGAUUCGUAAACUGGAGACAACUGUCUCUAAACUGAAGGCAGAACUGGAGAAGGGUCCCCAGGAGGCUGCGGUGUACACGCAACAGAUCCACCAACUACAGAGCAACCUGGACAACCUCCAGCAACAGAGCCAGAUGCUGUCAGCAAAGCUGGCACGACGGGAGAAGGAGAACCAAGAACUGGAGGAGCGCCUGGGCCAGGAGCAGGUGUCCAAGAAGAAUCUGCAGGCCAGCCUUCACCAAAGGGAUUUGGAGCUGCAGGAGAGCCAAGCACGCGCAUCAGCAGGAGAGGCCUCCGUCAGUCGGGCUCAGGCUGAGUUAACUGAACGUGGGGAAGAGGUGAGGCGCCUCAGAAAGGAGUUGGCUGAGCUCGAGAAGAGCCAGCAGGAUCUGAAAGCCGAGCGCAAGCAACUCCAGCAGCAAAGGGAUGAGCGAGAGAGCCAGACCCUGCAGCAGCAGGGCGAGAUCAGCCAGCUGCAUGGGAAGCUUCUGGAGACGGAGCGGCAGCUGGGUGAGGUGCAGGGCCGGCUGAAGGAGCAGAGACAGCUCGCAGGAGAGAAACUCAAAGACCGUGAGCAGCAGGUUGCUGAAUUCCAGCUCAAACUUUCCCGAUUAGAAGAACAGCUAAAAGAGAGCACUACAAAGUCCACUGACCUGCAGCACCAGCUGGACAAAUCCAAACAGCAACAUCAAGAGCUGCAAGCUGUCCAGCAGAGCACCAACGGCAAGCUACGAGAAGCGCAGAAUGACUUGGAGCAGGUGCUGCGUCAGAUUGGUGAUAAGGACCAGAAGAUCCAGAAUCUGGAGGCCCUGCUGCAGAAAAGCAAAGCCAGCCUGAGCCAGCUGGAAGCUGAAAGAGAAGAUCUGUGUGCCAAGAUCCAGGCAGGAGAGGGGGAAGCUGCUUUACUCAACCAACUUCAGGAAAAGAAUCACGCUCUACAGGAGCAGAUAAGUCAGCUUACGGAAAAACUGAAGAACCAGUCAGAGAGUCAUAAACAAGCCCAAGAGAACCUCCAUGAGCAGUUACAAGAGCAGAAGAGCCAGCUGCGCUCAGCACAGGACCGCUACCAGUCCUUGGAGUGUAAUGUAACAGAUCUCACUGCCCAGCUCACCCAGAGUAAGGAGAGACUUACCCAACUCGACACCCAGCUAAAGGCUAAGACAGAGAUGCUGCUGUCAGCUGAAGCCGCAAAAACUGCCCAGAGAGCAGAUCUAGAGAGCCAUCUUGAAACAGCCCAGCAUGCACUGCAAGACAAGCAACAGGAGGUGAGUAAGGCUCAGGCUCAGCUAGAGGAACAGGCCCGUCGUCUGCAGGACAAACAGGAAAAGUGCUUGCAGUUGGAGUCCAGUCUGAAGGAGAUCAGAGAGAAGCUGCUGGCUGCGGAGCAGAAGACCGACACACUGGAGAGCCAAGCCAAGAAAGCAGAAGCUGAGUUAGUGGAGCUGCGCUCAGGAAGGGAACAAACACAGAAGGCACAACAAAGACAGCAGCAGCAAAUUAGUGAGCUGGAGAAGAGGAAUAAGGAGCUCAGUUGCCAGCUGGACACUGAAAAAGAAGGUGCUGCAGCUCUGCAGGUGGAGCUACAGAAGAAGAGCUCAGCUUUGGGAGAUACGCAAAAGCAUGUAGAGAAGUUGAAACAGGAGCACAGUGACAUUAAGACGAGAUUGGAGCAACUCACAGAGGAAGGACUCCUGCAAAAGGCAGAGCUGGAGAAGAAGGUCCAGGGGAUGAACACAGAGCACCAGAAAACCCAGCAAGAGAGAGAUGCACAGGCUAUAGAGCUGCAGAAGGUGAAAAAGGAUCUUAGCAAGGCUUCCACAGCCCUGAAGGAGAGUCAGACCCUGCUGGAGAAAGAGAAGAAGAGCAGCACAGCAGCCCUAGAAGAGAAGGAGAAAGCUCACCAGAAGGCCCAGCAGGAGCUUCAGAAGAAUGCAGAAGCAACAGCUAAGGAAUUGAGCACAGUCAAAGCUCAAUUGGGGAACAUGACAGAGUCGGAGAAGGGACUUCGGGCGCAGCUGAAAGAACUGAGUGCCCAGUUGAAGCAGUCUCAGGAUGCACUGAAGGAUAAGGAGAAGAACAUCCAGCAGGUCCAGACACAGCUGAAGACAGCCCAAGGAUCCUUCAGUGAGGAAGUGAAAAAACUGCAGAGCCAAGUGGCAGAGCUGCAGACCGCUCAAACAAAGAAGGUGGAGGAGUUGACUAAGCUGGAGGAACAGAUGACUGUGCUGUCUGAACAGCUGAGUUCAGAGAAAAACCACAGUGCAGAGCUGCAGAAAACAUGUGACUGCACCAAGGAGAGCUUGGACAAACUACAGUCCGACUAUUACGGCAAGGAAUCGGAAGUCUCUGCUCUGCGCCAGGACCUCAAGGUACGUGAGGAGAAACUGGCUCUGACUCAGGAGGAACUGGUGGCCAGCACCAACCAGCUGAACAAUCACGAGGCCCGAAUUGAGGAGCUGAAAACAGGACAUGCAGCACUGGAGAAAGACUUAAAGAAGAGGGAUGAGAAGCUCAAACAGCAGGAGGAGGCUCUACGAGAACUACAGAAGCAGCAGGAGCUGAUGCAGGAGGAGCUAAAGAAGGAGCGUUCUCAGGUGGAGGAGCUGAGGGAGGCUCAGAGUGGGCUAGAGAAAGAGCGGAGCAGGCUAAGUGCUGAACUCAAAGCUCUGGCAGACAAGAGUGAGAAGGAGCUGAAGGACCUGCAGGCAGCGAAGCAGCUCUUGCUUCAGCAGAAGGUAGAUCUACAGGGCAGAGCGGACGCGAUCCAGGCAGCACUGGAGCAGGAAAAGAAAGCGCAUCAGAACACCCGCGAGUCCAUCACGCAAUCACAACAGCAGCACAAAGCAGAGACUGACAAACUGCAUAAACAGCUGGCAUUGGAGGCGAAGGCUAAAGAGGAGGUGGAGAAGCGGAAGGAGGAGGCCGAGGCAAAGCUCACAAUGCAGGUUUCUGCGCUUAAUGAGAAUGUUGCCACGUUGAAGCGAGAGUGGCAGAGCAGUCAGCGACGUGUGAGCGAGCUGGAGAAACAGACAGAUGAAUUGCGUGGAGAGAUCGCUGUGCUUGAAGCCACUGUGCAGAACAACCAAGACGAGAGACGUGCCCUGCUUGAGAGGUGUGUGAAGGAUGAGGGCGAGAUAGAGAAGUUACAAGCCAAAGUGGUGGAGAUGAGGAGAAAACUAGAUGACACCACAGCAGCCAUGCAGGAGCUGGGCAGAGAAAAUCAGUCCUUACAGAUAAAGCAGUCGCAGACCCUCACACGGAAGUGGGCAGAGGACCAUGAGGUGCAGAACUGCAUGUCCUGUGGGAAAGGUUUCUCCGUCACCAUCCGGAAGCACCACUGUCGUCACUGCGGGAACAUCUUUUGUGCCGAGUGCUCAGCCAAGUGCGCCCUGACACCGUCCUCUAAGAAGCCGGUGCGGGUUUGUGAGACCUGCUACGAGGAGCUGCAGGGCUAACGAGCCUCUCCCAUUCUGCUGCUCUGCCACACACUCGCCACGGACUCUUCCUGCACAGAACAGCAGCUUUCCCAGACUCUGGGAGCAGGAGUGGCGGGGUGGCAGAGCUGCAGGAAUAAAUGAGGACUGGGCCUCAGAGAGAGAGAGAGCGACUGGAGAAUCACGGCAGUCCUCACCCGAGCAGUGCCUUGGUCAACUCUAGGGCCAUUUGGGGUUCCAAAGAAUCUAAAAGGGAAAGUGGUGCAGUAUUUUUAAUCGAAUGUGUUUUGGAUGAGAUUUCUGAAAAUGCUCUGUGCUUUGGGUUCCAGGCUGGAAGAUUUGUACCUCAAGCUUUUUCUCUUCUGAACAAAGCAGUAGUGAAUCUGCCAGCGUGGCAUCCAGACUGAGUGUUUUGUGCAGGCUCUACAGACUUGUCAAGUUAGUGCUUUCAGGUGCAAGAAGAACGAACGCACAGAGCUAUGAAAAAAUCUCAUUGAAAACUAAUGACACUUUUCCAGCUGACAGUGUGGUACAGUGUUAUUCAGUUACCAGUACUAUUUUCCAUUGCCUACUGGUACCUGUGAAAGUAGGAGGAGUUAACUAGAUACUGGGAGGUGGUGACAGUUUCCCCUGCAAAACAAACCACAGCAGCAAGAACGCAAAAGCUUCAAGGUCGGAUUUAACGUUUACAUUGAACAUUAACAUUUACUUGCAAUUUGGUUUUAUGUGAAGACACAAGAGAUAGCAAGAGUUUACAAAAGCAGACACUAUUACUGAAGAUUGCUGUACCAUAUAGCCUGGUAGAUCAGCCAUUAUAGCUAGCUAUAUUUCUUUCACUCAACUGACAACACGUGACCUUUCUCUAACAACCGCGUUUGACCAAUCAGUGGUCUGCCCCAUUUCCAGCUUCACCUAUAAUUCAUUGUUUAGUACCCCGGCAAGAAGGGUAACCAAAUCCAGUACUGGUAACAGUGUGUUGCAUAAGUAGAACGUGAACUUUUCCUCGUUUUGUAGCGUUACAACCCAGAACUGAAAUAAACAGUCAGGAAUUUACACAAAAUAACCAAUAAAGCCAAUAAUAUUGAAUUGGAAUAAAAUCAAUUUUGAUUUAUCCCACACUUUCUCCAAACAUUUCUUCCCCCUACUUCAUUAUUAUUAUUAUUAUUAUUAUUAUUAUUAUUAUUAUGAGCUAUAUUGUGUGUUAAUUCUAUUUCAGUUCAAAGUUGCAACACUACAUAAUGUGGAAAAUUUCAGUGUUUAUGCAAUGCACUGUGCAUAGUUACAGCCGGGUUCACUUGGCAAUGGAAAUCUCAGAUUUGUUACCAUACCGUGCCACACUGUCCCUUGGAAAGCACUAAUGGUCUUCACUUUGACUUGAUUAAACCUUUUCCAACUCAGUUAUCAUUAAUUCAGGCAUGUUUUAUUCAUUGGUGUCUACGUAGCUAUCAUACAUGCUUGCUAUGCUGCUCAGAUUUCCAUUUGAUUUAAAAAAAAAAAAAAAUCUUUUUACCAUUUUGUUAUUAUUCUCUUAGCUUUACCGAAUUGGUGCAUUUGAGCUGUAUUUUUGCAGAUUUGCUAAUUCUGAUCAAUUGGAUUUUUGAAUUGACAGCAUCACUUAUUUGCACAUGUGUGUGCCCUGCUACUAAGCAAUAAUUGUGAUUGUGGCUGUAAUGUGUGUAUGUGCGUGUGUGAACCUGUGUAUGUAAGAGAUUUAUCUAUAAAUGCUAUAUUGAUUGUAUAAAAUACGGGCUGCUAGAGCACCUCUGAAAGCGUAUGGUCGGUUUGCGUAGAGUUAUAUUUUAGGCCUCGGCAUUCUGCCGUCGCUCUGCCGGCAUCUUAUCUAGUCAUCUUCUACUUUGAGCCCAGUGGGUGUGAAAAGUGUCAUGCCUGACACAUGAGAAACAGGACAUCAACUUCUAACUGAUGCGCUCAAUACGCUUUCUGUGGAAGAGGAUGGAUUCGGCCGUGAAAACAGGCGAAUCUUUGGCACAGGUGCUCGUGCAAACAUGCAAAAGAAAUUGUACAGAUUAUACCCGCGGUAUAGUGAUCUUCAGCACUGUCGCCUGUGAAAUAUCUGUAUUAUAACGCACCAUUCCUCUACAAGUUUGCUUCAGCAUUGAGGUCAUACUGUUAGAAAUGCACAUUUACAGUCGUACACGCAGCAGUAUGUUUUAUUCUAAGACACUCGCACACACUCAGAUGCAGCAAACUGAGCAAAUCACCAUCAUCAUCAUCAUCAGUGUAAAUUCCAGGCUCACUUUCUUUCUGUAUUUUUGUCACCUACCUCUGGACUGUGUGUUUCUCUCUCCGCGUAUUUGUUUUACUAUAAAAUCAACCCUCCACAGUCUCGUUAACACUAUGGCUUUCAAGUCUCAGUCCAAUUGUUGGUUACUAUAAAUAACGUCAGUAAGAAAGUUGCCAGAUAUCUGAAUGUUAACCAUUUUAGGAGUAACACUACACUGCAGUAGUCGGUGACGUUGCUUGUUGUGUGUGAGCUGUGAACCAGUCGCACUUCUCAUCCGAACAACAGGCUGGUUUCUGUUCUGUUGUGAUCAUGUGUUCGUGCCUUAAGUCUUGCUUUCUUAGCAUUGCAGCUCGGUCACAUGGGCUGAGCUGAAAGGCUUUACACUCGUUCAGAACUGUUCAUUGUCGGUAUGGCAACGCUGGUGGAUAUUAAUGUGUCAAAAAUGGUUUAUGAAUAUAAUUUAUGUCAAGAUGUUUGUUUUCUAAUUUUUCAUUGAUAUGUUUGAGUAAAUAAACUAGGUGUUUCUAUUUUAA